GGAGUCUGGAGAGUAUUAAAACCAAGGCAAGGGGUUCCUUCUCAUGGCGCACACCAUUCUACUCCUAGUAGUGCUCCUCCUUUCCUCCACCACCACCAUUUCCACCUCCAAGAGAACUCAGCCAAAGUUCUCGGCUAUCUUCUACUUUGGCGACUCCGUUCUCGACACCGGCAACAACAAUUAUAUCCCAACAUUGGCUGUGGGAAACCAUGCUCCUUACGGCAGGAACUUCCCAGGAAGAAAGCCAACAGGGAGGUUCUCCAAUGGCCGGCUUGUUCCAGACCUCCUCAAUGAGAAGCUGCAGCUCAAAGAAUUCUCACCACCAUUCCUGGAGAAGGACCUGUCCAACAAUGACAUCAUGACCGGGGUGAACUUCGCGUCGGCUGGUUCAGGAUUUGAAGACCAGACGUCACGCUUGUCCAAUACCCUGCCAAUGUCGAAACAGGUGAACCUCUUCAAGGAGUACCUCCUCCGGCUCAGGAACAUCGUCGGAGAGGAGGAGGCUUCCAGGAUCAUAGAGAACUCCCUGAUAUUUAUCAGCUCAGGAACCAAUGACUUCACACGUUAUUAUCGUUCCUUAAAGAGGAAGAAGAUGAACAUAGGUGAAUACCAGGAUAGUGUACUCCGGAUAGCACAGGCUUCUGUCAAGGAACUGUUUAGCCUGGGUGGGAGGCAGUUCUGCUUGGCAGGUCUUCCACCAUUUGGCUGCACACCAUUUCAGAUUACGUUAAGUGGAGAUCCUGACAGAGCAUGUGUGGAUGAGCAGAACAGGGAUGCCCAGGCCUACAACUCUAAACUUGAAAAGCUACUUCCAGCAUUGCAAGGCUCACUCCAUGGAAGCAAAAUUGUCUACUUGGAUGCCUAUCAAGCUUUCAAGGAGAUCCUCGACAAUCCCGCUAAAUAUGGAUUUAUAGAGAUAACACGAGGAUGUUGUGGGACUGGGCUCAGAGAAGUCGGACUGUUGUGCAAUGCAUUGAGCCCUAUCUGCAGGAACGAGUCAUCAUUUGUAUUUUACGAUGCUGUGCACCCAACAGAGAGGGUCUAUAGGAUAACAACUGAUUACAUACUGAAAAAUGCUAUUCCACAGUUCAGUUAAAUCAAAUUAUCAAAUAAUAUUUCAUUCCUUAUGUUGA